GGCACUCCUGGCGCACUGUUUGUAGCUACUGCGCAGGUCUUCGCGGCCGUGGCGACUCUGUAAGGUACACUUCCGAGGGAGGGGCUCCUUGGGUGCCGGGCACCAGCUAUGGCCGAGACCAUGGAGGGCAAAGACCCCAACGGGCCCACCCACUCUUCGACGCUGUUCGUGCGGGAGGAUGGCAGCUCCAUAUCCUUCUACGUGCGGCCCAGCCCAGCGAAGCGCCGGCUGUCAACGCUCAUCCUGCACGGCGGCGGCACCCUGUGUCGGGUGCAGGAGCCCGGGGCUGUGCUGCUGGCCCAGCCCGGGGAGGCGUUGGCCGAGGCCGCGGGCGACUUCAUCUCCACGCAGUACGUCCUGGACUGCGUGGAGCGCAACGAGCGGCUCAAACUGGAGGACUAUCGGUUGGGCUCGGCGGCCGACCAGGCCCCGUUGACAAAGCCCGGGGCUCAAGCCGAGGGCGCUGCUGCUGCCGUGGAGCCCAAUGCGGAACCGCUCACGGGGCGGACCGUCUUCACCGAGGCGGACGACGUGGCCAUCUUGAUCUACGUCAAGGAAAAUGCUCGUUCGCCCAGCUCCGUCACCGGCAACGCCUUGUGGAAAGCGAUGGAGAAAAACGCGCUUACCCAGCACUCGUGGCAGGCCCUGAAGGACCGCUACCUCAAGCACCUGCGGGGACAGGAGCAGAAGUACCUGUUGGGGGGCGCUCCUGUGAGCCCAUCCUCCCGGAAGCUCAAGCGGAAAGCGGAGGAAGACCCCGAGGCAGCCGACAGCGGGGAACCACAGAAUAAGAGAACUCCAGACUUGCCUGAAGAAGAACCUGAAGAGGAAAAGGUCAAGGAGAAUGAAGAAGCAGUCAAAAAGAUGCUUGUAGAAGCCACCAGGGAGUUUGAGGAGGUUGUGGAGGAGGAGAGUGAGAGCCCUGGUUUUGAAAUACAUAUAACAAUGUGUGAUGAUGAUCCACCCACACCUGAGGAGGACUCAGAAACUCAGCCUGAUGAGGAAGAAGAAAAAGUCUCUCAACCAGAGGUGGGAGCUGCCAUUAAGAUCGUCCGGCAGUUAAUGGAAAAAUUUAACUUGGAUCUAUCAACAGUUAUACAGGCAUUCCUUAAAAAUAGUGGUGAGCUGGAGGCUACUUCCUCCUUUUUAGAGUCUGGUCAGAGAGCUGAUGGGUACCCCAUUUGGUCUCGACAAGAUGACUUAGAUUUGCAAAAAGAUGAUGAGGAUGCUCGAGAUGCAUUGAUUAAAAAGUUUGGUGCUCAGAAUGUAGCUAGGAGGAUUGAAUUCCGAAAGAAAUAAUUGGUAAGGUAAUUAGAAAAGAAAGAAGGUAUGGCAGAUGAGGAGUGAAAAAAAAAUUGCUAUCUUUGAACUUUGGAGAGUUCAUAUACUGGAACUAACACUUGCCUUUGGAUCAAUACUGCCGUUACUUCUAUGAGUCCUAGAUUUUGUAGCCAAGCAGAGUUUGUAGGAGUAUAAAAAAUCAGAGAAAUUGGAUAUAUUUAGAGCUACCCCAGGCAUGUGUCAGUAUGUUUCCGAAAGGAAAAUCUAAAUCAGAGAGAGGUUGGUCUACUUAGUAGUAAUCAUGUGUCAGUAUGUUUCUGAAAGGAAAAUCUAAAUCAGAGAGAGGUUGGUCUACUUAGUAGUAAUCCUUUGCUAGAAUGGAACCUCUGCUAUAUUGGUGACAGGAGCUAAUGACAAAGUCAAAGGAGGAAAAUUAGGAGUUUAGGUCUCUUUAGGCAGCAUGAGUAAGUAACCUCGUAUUCCUUGGCAGAAGCUCCUCUAGAUUGUGAUAGAUUCCAAAUCAAGAAUCUAGACACAUGGAAAGAUAUAAUUACAAGGCCUAAUACACAGACGGUCCUGAAUCCUUGCAUCUCUAGGUACAUCCACCAGUAAGCUCUGAUUUCUAGACUAUUCUGAAAAUCUCAUUGUUUUAGGUAACUUGGUAUUUGUGUACCCUGUUCUUUGGCUGUUUUUGAGCCCUUGUUAGUCAAGUUUCUAGCACGUGUUUAAUUACCACUCAGUUUUGUUUAACACACACACACACACACAUACAAACACACACACAAAACCUUAGAGAGUCUCAAGACCAAUCUAUUCCAUUAAUAGUAACGUGUUCUUAUUUAUUGAGGAGAGUUUUGUGCUGAGAACUGUAUUGCAUUAAUUUAAAAAUCAGUAGAUUCAUUUCCAUUUAUUGUGUUGCUUUCAUUAUUGAAAAUAAAUAUAACUUUGUA